AAGACUGUUGACUCUACAUACCUUGCUUUCGGUCCUUCUUCAACGCUACAAUUCUCUAGUUCAUUAUAUAUCCAGCGAUUCGCCUCGAAUACUUUCACCACCAUGUCCGCUAGUCCGUCUCCUUCCGCCAGUGGCGACAACAAGAGCGAUCAGAUUCAUUUCCGUUUCUGUCGCGAAUGCUCUAACUUGCUCUAUCCGAAAGAAGAUCGUGUCAACAACCGCCUGAUGUUUACGUGCCGAACAUGCCACGUCGGAGAGCCGGCUUCCUCGUAUUGCGUCUAUCAACACAGGCUGAACAGUCAAGUGGGAGACACUGCGGGCGUGACUCAGGAUGUGGGAUCUGAUCCGACGGUUUGUCUCCCUGAUUUCUGUACCCACUGUGGGGAGGAGAUCACUUGCUUUGUGUGUGGGAUGCUCCCGGAUGAAGCAUCCUCAGAGGAAGAGUACAGUGAUUUCUACUGAGAAAAAUAAUCCUGGGGUCGUUGUCAUGGAAGAUUUUGAAACUCCCGUGGCUAACAUGGUGUUUACUCUUCCCAGCUUCCACGAUCCAACAAGCUCUGUCCGAACUGCGGUGAGACCGAAGCGGUGUUUUUCCAGUCUCAGCAGCGAUCUGCUGAAACGGGAAUG